ACAAGGCGCGCCUAAUAUGCGGACUCCCCGCUGCCGUUUGGGGAUUAUAUGAGCCUGCCCUAAGUAGGCGUGUUCCAGUGAGUUUGACGACAGAGGGGAUCUACAGCACAUCUCUGGUCAGAAGUAGACCUCGUCCGUAUCGAGUCAAGAACGCUGUGACUAGGACGGAGUGGGGAAGAAGGAGAUACAUAUCGGGUGGAUGACUGACUGACGUCGCCGGCGCCUUGGUCCAAUCCCAUCACUUGUGUGUUUUUCCUGUAUACGGCGCACGUUCAGGAUUUUGUGGUAGACUGUAACCGCUGCAAGUGUACCCUGGGACCAGUUCGGUGUGUUACUACAACGCUAUUGGCGGAAGAUCUUUGAACAGCUGGGAAUUCUCCCUAUCCAAGCAACGAUCUCCCUCAUUUAUCGCGUCUGGAUUGGCUAGCCCAUCCGUUCUUUGUAUUCCUCGGUCUCUGUGUCUCUCUCUCUCAGAGCCUGGUGACCUCGCGCUGAACCAUGGCCAGCGGAGCUGCAGCUCCAACGAUCAUUGAUGAAAUGAUUCAUCAGGAUGAUGAGCCCGCUACACCAUCUUCUGAAGCCGCAACGUCCGUUCCCGACUCAAGCAGUUUGGUCGGUCUGGAUCCCUCUGGUGCAGUCGGCAUCUGGGUUCGGCUUGUGACGCUCAAUGAGGAUGUGUAUGAAGGGCUAAUAUAUGCAUAUGAUACUGUUCUGGGAGUAAUGGUUUUGCAAGCCUUGUCGUCGGAACCGAGUGCCUCACCUGAACCUGGAAAGCCAAGUCAGUCUGCCAGUGAGACGUCACCUACACCUGCAGCUGCGCCCAAGUCAAACGGCAGGCCCUUGAGCUUUGCCGCCGCCGCAGCAGCUGCCGCCUCCCGGUCUUCCUCGUCUUCCCCACCGCCGCCAAAGAAACCAUCAUCAUCCGCUUCUUCUGCCUAUACCUCUUCUGCGAUGGCAAACGGUUCAAGCAUCCAGAAUGGAGCACUCAAGUUUGAUUUCCAUGUUGUGAAGCUGAACCACAUUAAGGAAGUGGAGCCUCUUGCACGUUUGGGAGACGACGAACUGGACGGCGAGAACGGUCGAAAGGGAAAGCAGAGCAAGGUUCCGCAGCCCCUUCCAUUGUUGGUACCGGUGGGUCAGGUCCCUCUCGAUAAGCUAGUUGCCCGUGAACAUGCGGCUGUUGCGAGGAUAGGUGUGGGAGUCCCGGCGGAGGCGCAGGACAUCUUUGACAACCUUUCUAAAACGCUGCCAACAACGUGGCGUAAACGCUCCAUAAUCGUUAUGGACGAAAUCGAAAUUGUUCCGCCAUACACUUCUGGUGAUUGCAGAGUUAUAGCGGGGAAGGGCCAUGCGGAAAGUGCACUGGCGCGUGUCAAGAAGGUGCUGGAGGGUGUGCGAACAAGGUUGGGGUUGGAGGUUGGGAAGUGAAUAGGCUGAUGUUGCUUGUGAGGAAUGGCAAAAGGAGGCUGGCUUACAAACUCGCCUGCGUCCAGUUGAUGUCUCAGGUUAUAUUUUGUUUUUUUUUUUUUUUUUUUUUUUGCAAGCGAGAAAUGUUUGUUGCUCCUGAAAUUAGAGGUUUGAUAAAGCUUUCACAGAUAGCCUGCGCGCCAUUGUGAUGACGACUGCUAUAUAUGUAUGUUUGCAUAGGCGGAAAAUGCUAUGUAUAUGUACACUGGUAAUCAAACCGCACUUGCCCA